AUGCUUGCAUCGGCUUUGCUGGCCAUAUGCCUGAUGCUCAUGACGAGCUAUGCACAGCAAGAUCUGCUCGCGUAUCGUAUUCAAUACUCGGGCUCGGCGAUGUGUAGUUUCGGCGGACUCGGCGGUAGUCAAGCUAUUACCCUCAAGGGUGAUGUGACUGUCUACGCGAACCCGGUCACCAAAACCUUCGAAGUGCGCAAAACGGGCGCUAGGAAUGGCUUCUACAUCGGAAAGGCCCAGAGCGAUUCAGGCCAAGCCAGGUUCAAAGUGACUACACCUAUGCACCUCGACGAUUGGAUGCUUCGACCUUGCUGCGCGACUGCGUUCGAACGCUUCGGCCUGCUCAGCUACGAAAAGUGGCACUAUGAGAUCGAGCAACCGGCUCCAAAGAUCCAUAAGAUGGUAUGUUCGGGAGGCUUGGGCGGCUCUUGCGCGAUCUUUGGAUCAUCAAUGGUCAUCACUUGUUUCGCUCUGGAAUCGAACAUCACCGUCACCAAUCCCUUGGCACAGUCGGGCACGUUCCUGCACUGUCAUCGUCUUCUCGUCAAAUCCUCUCUUUUCAUCGUACCUGACCCACAGACUGACAUGCUCAGCGGCCUUCUCAGCUUGCUUGCUCUCGCGACUGUUCAGGCUCUGCCGUUGAACGUCACAACAACGCCUGCAUUGGCCUUGCUUCGACGUGAUCCUUUCGAGCCGAUCACUUACGAACUCUUCGCCGGCUUCAAAGCAGACGCUAGUCAUGCCGGCCAUCGCCUCAUCGUCUGGGAGCCUAUGGCAUUCUGGAAAUUCACUGUCAUCAAGCCAGAGAAUGGUGCGGUCUCGGUCGAAUUCAGCGACGGUGAUCCCCAGAUCCAACCUGUCGCGUGGCAAGGCAGGCGUGGGGAUCUUGUCCGGAUCACGAUCAUGCAACAGACACGACCUGCGCUAUGGGGACCUGGUCAACCGCGCGAUCAGCCGCCUACUGCCGACAUCCUAUUCUAUGAAUGCUGUCAAGUAACUUAUCAGGUCGACUUCACUUUCGGUAUCCGAGAAUUCUACUUUGAUGAGGAACCAACGGCAAGUGUCAAUGUGCGAUGCGGUAAUGCUUACAAGAUCGGACGAGCGCUUUGCCAAGAGGACUGGCUGCCACGGGAUCUCAUUUGGACGUCGCCGAAGCCCCUAGAUGUUCUCGCGGCAGUGCGGGACCCUGGAAGCCAUCAAGAUUCUUAGCGGGUGGACAUGAUUCCGUCUUCCUGGCCAUCACUCAUGACCCUCAAGCAGAUCAUUGAAUGCAAAUCUAACCCUACAAGUCACAUUAAAGUCUAGCCGAACAGGGGAAGACUGUGUCCUAUCAAAUGAGCUAGCAGCCAUUGCAAUGAGCCAGCUUGCUCUUUGAGUCGCGAACGGCGGGC